CAAGGAUAAAGUCAACUUUGAGAAAAGGGGAUGUCAACCACUUCUCUGUGUUUACAUGUAGAGUAAUCAGAGUUUGCCGAGUUUAAGAGGGAGAAUACGUUUAACAAAGGUUUCCAGUAAGCCAGUGAUAGUUGAUAAGUAAAACUCUUUUCUGCUACUUUUCUUCUUUUUUUUAAACACCCAGACAGCCAUGGAGAGGGAAUUACCCUGUCUGACAUCACUUUGGGGAAAGAAGUCUGUUUUUUGGGUUUGCUCGGUUUUGCUCUACUUUGUUGAAGGUAAAGGCGAGACGUCCCAUGCCCACUCCACUCUCAGUGUUUCAGCGACCCACCUGAACUACAUCUGUCCUGAGGGCGCUACCGUGCAAAUGGUGUGUGCCCAGAAAGGAACCGCCUUGCACGACACUGAUGUCUUGAAGCAUGCCUGGCUCUACACGCCCCACAGGGAGCAGCAGUGUACGGGACGGACAGGCCCGCGCCAUAUUGUCGUGGGCGGUCAUUACCAUGGCAACCACAGCUUGCCACCAGGGCUUAAAUUUGGAUCAACAGAGCACAACUUCUGGGUGCUUCUGCAGAAUGUGACCCACGCCGACCAAGGUCGUUACUGCUGUAUGGUAGUGGACAUACAGAAGGGCCAUAAACACACCAACGUCGUGCAGAGACCCCACAGCCAUAUUACCCUCCAAGUUACACCACGGAGCAGUGGAUCUCUAAACUGCACUAUCCAGGAUCCCUUGCAAACUGAAGGCUUCGCGCCAAUAGCCGGGGUCGUAGCAGCUUUAAUCUUGACUCUGCUUUUCCUGCCUCUGAUUAUGGUGCUUGUGUACAAACAGAGGCAGAGCAGCCAUUCGAGCAGACGUGCACAGGAGCUGGUGAGGAUGGACAGUGAGGCUCUUGGCCAUGAGAACCCUGUGUUUCUUGGAGGGUCUCCGCAGAUUAAGACCCGUACCGUUUCUCAAAUCAUGACCAGGCAAUCCUCAGAGACCGGACGCCAUCUGUUGUCUGAGCCGGGAACCCCCCUAUCUCCUCCCGCACAUGGGGAUGUAUUCUUCCCAAUAGAAGACACCAUCUUUGAAACCCAAGACUUCAUGCAGGUUUAAAGGAAGCUGGAACCUGCUGACCUGGAAACAGUCCUGCUACUCUCUUCCUCUUCUUUCUGCCUCCGGAAUAAGCUGUCUCGCAAUAACCUCUGCUGGGAUCGUCUUCUGUACAUUGUCUGGACCGCAGGAGGGAACAGACUGGGGUUUUUAUUUAAAAACUAUUUCCACCUGCAACAACAGCUGGAGGCCAAAAGCAAACUUCUGCUGGCGUGCAGUUGAGAUUUUGUUUUGUGUGUGAUGUUCCUUCUACACUCUAACAAUGACUCGUGGACCAACAGGGGCCCGCUGCUUGAGAGAAAUCCAGAGGGGAUGGGGGUCCACCAUGUAAAGGGUGGCAUGUCAAAAGGGAUACAACUUGUUCUGUGGAUUCAAAGAGCACCUAGUUUAAACAGAAGAUGAUAUUUGAUUGUUUGUAUUGUUUAUUUAGGCUGGUGUGCACCCUGUGAUUCAAUGUGUUGCAGACCAAAUCUGCUCUGCUCUGGUGAGGUUUGUCUGUGGUGCAGAUGCAAAGACAACCAACUACAUGAUAUGUGAUAGAGGGUAUAUGAAAAUAAUUGAAAUGACUAAAUUGACAUAAUCCAUUUGCUGAUGGAUGAAACUGUCAAAUAAACAAUCUACUAAUAUGAGAUGUAGAAGGAUUUGGUAACCAUUUUAUCAACUGUAAUGUAUGUCAGCAGCAGGGAUGAUAAGUAAUACUUCAGAAAAUAAAAAGGGGUUUAAACCGAUGUUUGUGCAGGAGUCCAAGAUAAGGACGAUGAAUACAUAUUAUUUAUCACUAGCUUUCAGAUACUGGAGUGAACUUGGUUUUAACCAAUGCCAAUAAAUAAUGACAAUCACUUCAACUCUUCAGGGUCUUAAUAAGUCAUUAGGAACAAAGAAAGGACUGAAAUAAGACAACAAUUCAUAUUUCUUUGUCUAGUAAGCUACCAAAGGCUCUCUAUGAUCCCUGUGUUAAUAACAAAGUGCUUCAGUAGCUUCAUACCAAAGAAGGCUACAAAGUGUAUACAAGUUGUGGGUGUUUUUAAAGCAUUGUUCUUCCUCUGUAUCAUUUCCACAAGGCCCCAGCUUAUUUUCUCUUCCCUCUUUGCUACCUCAGCUACGGUCGGCUCUGCUGCUCUAAAUAUGCUCCUUCUUUCCUACUCAGAAACGCAGCACUUCACAGUGGCUUUAAAUAUUCAAAAAGUAUUUUUGCUAAUAAUUGUUCAUAAAUCUCCGUCGUACUCUAAAGUUAAGAGAUCAUGAAUGCCGAUUAUUUUUGUCCUGAAUGUAACAGAUUUCUAUUUUUUAAUCCUUUGUAUCGUUGUAUCAUUUGGUUUAAUUGACAACAUGUGUAAAUAAGUGUUCAUUCCUAUGAGUGAGCGUGCAAUGUGAUGUUACUGAGUAAAUACUAUUAGCGAAUUUGACUUAAUGGCUUCAAAAUUGUUAACCAUAUCAUAUUGGAUGUAGAUUGAGAGAGAACAAGAAGUGAUUGUAAAUGAUUGUAAUGUUAAUGCCUAUUACGUAGGCUGUGUGUGAUUGUGAGUAACCACUGGUGGUUAUUUCAUAUUGAGGUUGAACGUGUACAGCAGGUGCUCACUGGAAAUCAUCACAAAAUGAUGUGUAGCAGGUAGAUAGGACAGGGUAUUUUACUUUUUUAAAAUUUGAUAAAAUGUGUGUAUUUGUGUGUGUGUGUGUGUGUGUGUGUGUGUGUGUGUGUGUGUGUGUGUGUGUGUGUGUGUGUGUGUGUGUGUGUGUGUGUGUGUGUGUGUGUGUGUGUGUGUGUGCAUAUGUGUAACCUUGGGUUUCAAGAAUAGGUUUGUGGUUUGUUGGUCUGUGUGUGCAUACUUGCAUGUAAUUGUGCAUCUGAAUGUUUGGAAGUAUGUUAUGUACUGUACAAAGCUUGCAUUAGACACAGACCUGGAGCAGUGCUGCAAAAGCCUUUUUGUUUCACAGUUUAUUUUUAUUUUUUGUUUAUUGAGUUUGAAUAGCGUUGGUUGUAGCUUGUAUAAUAAAGUGGAGCUCUUGAA